AUUGUACCAUGUCCUAACAUAACAUCGCAUCUCCACAGGCAAUGUAUAAUACAUUGCUAACCAUCUGUCAAAUACAUUGCAGUUUGCAAAUUUGUGUUCAAAUGAAAAAAGCUCUGUCAAACCACUGAUGUAUUCAGACAUCAAUCGCUAAACAUUAGAGCAGCCUCCAUUGUCAAUAUUGCUAGCAAUUCAGGUUUUAGAAAUCUUUAAUUGCGUGUCGAGAUGCCCCUUUAUGUUUGUAAUGAAUCUGUUUUUGCAUUGAAAUAUUUGUAUUUCUCUGCUAAUUUGCCUUAAUUUUUUGAUAAACUAUGUCGUGCACACCAGCAAAGGAAGAAGACAUAAAUCUCAUUAAGGAUUUGACCCCUGUAAGAUUUUUGAUUAGCCCGCGUGGAAAAUUGUGUAUGCAAGAUUCGUUUACGACAUGCAAAGAUCGAUUGGAUGAUAUAAUUUCACAACAAAAAAUAAAUUACUUCAAAUGGCAAAUCGCUCAAAAAAAGGGUUUCGCGAUUUGUAUUUCGAUUGAGGCUAUUAAGACCCGUGCUUUAGUAUCUAAGGGAUCUGCUCGUCAACUUAAGGAAAACGAGGAAACGCUUUAUCACAGAGAUCUAAAACCGCUGAUAGAAAAGCUGAAUAUAAUUGUGUCGGUAUUCGAAAAUAUAACAAAAAUUGCAGGAGAAUCACUUCGAUUAUUGAUAGCAUUAAGUAAAUUACCCGACAAUACAGAUAAAGUUUUUCACCAGUCAUGGCCGUUGUCGCAAUAUAUCAACUUCUUAGACCAAUUAUAUUCUUCUUAUAACAAAGAAAAUAAUAUAAAACAAAGGGUUGCUUGUGAAUUGCCGCAUUGUAUGAACAGAUCAGAUUUAAUUCGUUGUACAACUGCAUGGGAAUACCCACAAUACGUUGAUGAAUGGACAUACUUAAUGUUUGCAUUUUUGGAAGAAGAGAAAAAAAACAGAACUUAAUUUAAGAAGAUUUCUUCAACGUUCACCUAAAAUCAUUUGCCGCUAAAUAUGAUUCACUAGGGAUAUACAUAAUAGUCAAUGAUGCACUGUACUAAUGGUUCGGUCGUAACCAACUUCCAUGUGCAAUACAAAUGUAUAAGGAAGUCAA